AUGACGAAUAUAUAUAUUGAAAAAGUUCGACCUAAUUACAAUAGAGAAAGAGAUGCUUCGGAAACAUGUAUUCGCGAAAUCAAAGCACUUUUGGGCAUAUUAUAUACAAUUGGUAAGUUAAUUUUUUUCAAAAAAAUUUAAAAAUUGUUUAUCUUUUAUUAUUUUAUUUUAGGAGCAAUAAAAUGUAAUCACAGAUCCACUGAGAAUCUUUGGAAAAUAGAUGGGUGUGGAGUAGAUAUUUUAGCAUGUGUUAUGUCGGAGCAUAGAUUCCGUUUUUUACUUUGUUGUAUACGAUUUAAUGAUAUCCGAGGAAGAGACAUAAGAAAAAAAAUUGAUAAUAUGACUCAUAUUCGACAUAUAUUUGAUUUAUUUGUAAAUAAUUGUAAAAAUACAUAUAUUGUUUCCGAAUACUGCACGAUUGAAGAAAAAUUACAAUCAUUCAGAGGUCAUUGUUCUUUUAGAGUAUAUAUGCCAAAUAAGCCCGCAAAAUAUGGACUAAAAAUGUUUGCUUUAGUAGAUAGUAAUAAUUAUUACACACUCAAUAUCGAACUUUAUACUGGUUAACAACCAGAUGGUCCAUUUUUAAUCGAUAAUGCUGCAUCUUGCGUUGUAAAACGAUUAGCAAACCCAAUUUUGAAUACUGGUAGAAAUAUUACAUUUGACAAUUGGUUUACUAGUUUUCCAUUAGCAGACUAUUUACUCCAAAAUAAAACAACUAUGGUAGGCACAGUUCGAAAAAAUAAAAGAGAAAUCCCUCCCGAAUUUCUCAUUUUAAAAGGUCGUGACUUAUAUUCGUCAUAUUUUGGUUUUUCAAAAAAUAAAUCAAUCGUAUCGUAUAAAGCUAAAUCAAAUAAAAUAGUUUUUAUAGCUUCGGCAAUGCACAAUGAUAAGGCCAUUGAUAUGAAUACUGGAGAAAAAUUAAAGCCAGAAAUGAGAACAUUUUACAAUUCGACCAAAAGUGGUGUAGAUACUAUAGAUUGGAUGACUGAAAACUACAGUGCGGCAAGACAUAGUGCUUGUUGGCCUCUUACAGUAUUUUAUUCUCUACUCAAUUUCGGAGGACUAAAUUCAAUGAUUGUGUACCAAGAAAAUACGCAAGUAAAGAAAAACACGUUUAGAAUUUUUGAAAUCAUUGGGUAGGCAACUUAUGGAGGAUCAACUAAAGUACAGAACGACAAUUAGCAGUCUGUCCAGACCACUAAAAACAAGACUUCAAAAUUAUGUUACGGUAGUAAAACAUUUUUUUAAUUUUUUUUAUUUAUAUUUAUUUAUAUUAUAGGUUGAAAGAGAAGUGCUCCCUCAAAAGUUGAGAAGUUCGAACCGAUGUGCUUUUUGUGAAAGAGCGAAAGACAAAAAAACCACUAAAGUGUGCACCAAUUGCAUAAAACCUAUAUGUAGAGAUCACUUGAUAGAAAUUUGCCAAGAUUGUUUUACAUUAUAA